GACUCAGCUUCCAGAGGAAAAGCCUCUGAACUGUUCAGGCAGUUUCAAGGUAGACAACGUUACUGCUCUCUAAAUUUUGACUGUACCAGACUUCUAGGUGGCUACUUAGAUACUUCCUUUUGUGGGCUGGCUACAGGGUGCCGGUUCUUUAUCAUAUAAGAGAUCUUUCAGAAGGAUUCAUCACUGAAUAAAAUGUCAACAUUCAGCAUUCGAAAAUCAUCUAAUCAAACUGAUAUCAGGAAUCCUUCUGUUGCAGUUAAAAGUAGACAACAGGUUAUUCAAGAUAACAACAAGCGAAGGACUUUGUUGCAAGAUAACAGCUGGAUAAAGAAGAGAUCUGAGGAGGAAAACACUGAUGAAAAUUACGGGAGGGCUGUCCUAAACCAAUACAAAUCCCAAGAUGGCUUACACAGGAACGUGAAUGAAAAAGAAGAUCAGAAAGUUCACCUUGGCCGAUACAGAUCUGAUACUUCUUUAGACAAAAUUUCAGAUAGAAGUGAUGUUGAGAAAGUAAAUAAAUCCCCAGUCUUGGAUAAGAAGCCAACUAAUAGGCAAUCCUGGGCUCCUACCACAUCAGUCACUACCACUGAUACCACUACUACCUCGCCUGUGAAGAAAAAAAGGCAAUCUUGGAUGCCACCCCCUGUCUCAGGUUAUAAGGUAUCUACAGACUCUGUGGAAACUAAAAGGCAGGCUCAGACCCUACCAAAUGCGGCUACAACAACUACUACUACUGAUACUAAACGAAAGUCUCCUGCAGAAAAUACUGGCGGGUCAAAGAUGACUAUCAGUUCAUCAGAACAAAUUACAUCUCAAAAGUCAACAAUUUCUGUGGAAGAGCAAACUACUACAAGGGAGGUAUCUCCAGUAUCUCCAGCUGAUACUGAAAGAAGAAGCAUAACUGAGAGAACUACAAGAGGAAAAGACCUUGAUGAUCUCAAUGCAGUAAACACUGCUGCACAGAAAGAUAAGAGAGGUCAAGACCUUGUUGAUGUCAUUGAAGUAAAGAAAUCUGUGGACCAAAAUAAAAAGGGGACAACCGAGAGAGUCUCUGAUUUUCCUACGGUUCCAAAUAACCAAUCUGGCACCAACUACUUUGAUGACGCAAAAAAAGGAUCCAGCUGUAAUACUUCAACUACUUACUCAAGUUCAAAGAACACUGUUGUGUACACAAGGACAUAUGAGAAGAAUAGGAAGUCCACAAAUGAUGCACAGGAAGAAAAUGUCACAGGAAAGUCUAUCAAAACUGUUUACUCCACAUCUGAUCGGACUAUAAUUGAAAAAGAUAUGUGUACAUACUGCCGGAAGCCCCUGGGCAUAGGUGCCAAAAUGAUCUUAGAUGCCUUGCAGAUUUGCUGCCACUCAACUUGUUUCAAGUGUGAAGUGUGUAAAAGACCUCUGGAAGAUCUGAAAGCAGGAGACAGCAUAUGGAUUUACAGAAAAACUGUGCAUUGUGUACCUUGCUAUUCUAAAGCUAAAGAAAAAUGGAUAUAUUAAUUACGACAUACAGAAAUCACAAAAAAAGAAGAGUCAUUAGUAUUUUAAGUGCAUUACUUAUUACUUAAAAGAAGUACAUGUAUGUUUAAUUUUUAUUUGUAGGACUGAAAUAUUCUAAAAUCAGUAAUAUCCUACUAAAUUGUCAUUACAGAGACAUAUCCCAUGAGAAUUAAGAUGACUUUACAUGCACAUUCUAGAAAGCAAGCCAAUGUAUUCUUGACUCUGUCCGUCAUGAGUAACAUAGCUCUUUCUCCAUGUGAUUUAGCUGCUUAUGUAAUUUAAAUGCCUUGUGCGGGUGGAUAUAGAUCUACUCAUAAGUUCUGAAGGACCUGUUUUCUGCAUAUUGAAAAUAUGCAUUCUAAAAUACAAAGAGCAGUUUUUUUUGAUUACACUUCGCUCUUAAAUCUAGUAACUUUGGUAUGGCGUGUUUGUAAAAACCUCGAGUGUUAUAGUUGUCCAGUACAAUCAUAAAAUAUAUACUAUGCAUGACAUAAGAUCAUUCUGUUUAGUCUUUCUUACUUCAGUAAGCUGGUUGUCUAAACACCUUGAGACUGCCAGAUAUAAACAAUAUAAAAAGCAUUUUGUUGGCAUAUAAAUAGAUUAAAAUAAAGAAAUAAAACAGUU